ACUGUCAUUUACUGUAUAUAUUUUGUAUACUAUUUCCAAAGUUUUCUUUUAUAAUUAUCAAUUAAAAAGUGAUGAUCAAUAAACAUAUUUUACGAUAACAUUAUCCGUAAAAAUGGCAGAACUAUUAUCUGAAGCCGAAAACUCUGAAAAUACAAGUCGUCAAAGCAGGCCAUCAUUAACACAAGUGAGAGCGAUAGUACAAUUUAUGGAGAAAAAUCCAGACUUGGCACACAAACGAUUCAGGAAUGGAAUUGGCCAUGAGAAAUUUAAAAACUUUUGGAUUGAACUUUCAAAUAAUUUAAACACCAUGAAUGGUGCUAUGAAAUCUACUAAGGGUUGGAUUAAGUUCUGGUCAGAUAAGAGAAGAAGUCUGUUGAUGAAACAAAGACAAAUUAACUCUGGUAAAGUUAAUGAAAGACUGUCGCCGUUGGAACAAAGAAUAGUUACUCUUUCUAUACCUGAAAAACCAACUAAAAGAAGAACAUUAAAAACUGAAAUCAAUGGCGAUGCUGAUUCUCACGAUAAUGCGUCUGACAUGGAAGAAAAAGAGUUCGGAUCGGAUAACAGAAUAGUAUCAACGGAGUCUGAUGACAGAUUUUUAAAUAUGAUGGAAAAGCUGGUUGAAAUUAUGGGCCAGCAAGCAACGGCUAUGACGAAAGUAGCACAGGCUACAUUUACAAACUCCACGGCAAUGGAGAGGAUAGCUGAAGCCUCCCAUAAACAGGCUCUUGCUGUAGAUAAGAUUGCUAGUACAUUUGAAGCGAUAAGUGCAUCUGUGUACGACGUCAGGAACGCAAUAAUCGGUAUUGAUUACACAAUGAAGAGAUGCUUCCCACAAGCACACAGACAGAACAACAUAUUUAGUUAAUGAACAACAGUAAUUAUAAGAAAACAAACUGUCCUAUAGUUAUAUGUUACGCGCACAAAAUGUAUUCAACUUUUAUAAAAAUAUAAUUAUUCUUGAUCUCGUU